GUUUAUAUUCCUGAUGAUUGGGAGUUUGAACGUGAAAAAAUAGCGCUAUUGAAGGAAUUAGGUAAAGGUGCGUUCGGUAUGGUAUAUCUUGGUGAAGCUGCUGAUAUUAUUUAUGGAGAACUAAAAACAAAAGUAGCUGUAAAGACGGUGAACGAGAAAGCUAGUUUCCGAGAGCGCCAGGAGUUUCUAAAUGAAGCUUGUAUUAUGAAGCAAUUUGAUUGUAAUCAUGUGGUCCGAUUGCUUGGAAUCGUUUCGCAAGGACUUCCACCUUUAGUUAUUAUGGAGUUAAUGGCUAACGGCGAUUUAAAAAAUCAUUUAAGAUCGCUUCGAGAAGAUGCUGAUAGCCCAGAUUAUUACUUGAAACCCAAUCCUAACCGACCUUCCGAUGUACAAUUUCAUAAAAUGGCGGCCGAAAUAGCCGAUGGAAUGUUGUAUCUAAGUGAUAAAAAAUUUGUACACAGAGACUUAGCGGCGCGUAAUUGCAUGGUUUCCGGAGAUUUUAUCGUAAAGAUCGGAGAUUUUGGCAUGACACGCGACGUUUACGCCAGUGACUAUUACCGUAAAGGUGGAAAGGGAAUGUUGCCUGUUCGUUGGAUGCCACCAGAAUCCUUACGAGACGGUGUUUUUACAUCAGCAACAGAUGUAUGGUCCUAUGGCGUAGUACUUUGGGAAAUUGCUACUCUUUCCGAACAACCGUAUCCCGGAAAGUCGAAUGAGGAUGUUUUAAAAUACGUUUUAGAUGGUGGAGGCUUAGAAAGACCACCUUAUUGCUCUGACAAAUUGUACCGCCUCAUGGUUGCGUGUACGCAGUUUCAGCCAAAGUUAAGACCAAGAUUUCGAGAAAUUAUCGCCUUGUUACUUCCCGACUUGCCAGAAUCCUUUCAAGAAAUAUCCUAUUAUCACUCAGAGGAGUGCGCUGAAGCUGCAAUGAAAGAUGAGACAAGAAAUGCGGAGAAAGAACGAGCAGCUGCACUAGGAUUGGAAAUUAGAGACACUGCUAACAGUGCGAACUCGAUUAAUAACGAAAGAUAUGACAGUUUAUCAGGUACCACCCGUAGCAGCAGUAGUAUCUCGAGAAAAAGUACCAGUGAAAGCAGCAACGAUCAAAUUUCCAGUAAAAAUUUAAUACUUAAUAAGAAAGUCUUAAACAGUCAGCAUGGCAGUGGUUCUAUUAUUCAAACUAUUACCGCAUCCCGUGAUUCUACUAUACUGCAGCGGCAAGAAUUUGGCAAAAAUCGUGAAGUUAGCAAAUCUACCCCGUGUGUUGUGGUUACGAAUAAUACGCUAAGAGAGCGUGAAAAACCUCAUACAUUUGGUAGUACAAGAAAUGUUCGUGUGAGCAAGUUAUAG